CGUCGGAUGGGGUCCAAGCCGACGAAGCUACUGACUCUUCUGAUGCGAUCUUGGUUGCUGAUUCGCCGGGGCACCCCGCUCGUUCUCGACGGGCUGUGCGAAGGCCUAAGCCCAUGUCUUUGUUGACUACAAGACCCUCGAAUGCCAUUCCACAUCUCCACAUUCGUCAUCCUCGCCACUUGACUUGACUUGACUUCACUUCACCACACGCCAUGGCCUGGCCCUAUCGCCACCUCGACCCAGUAUACAGCAACCUGACCAACGCCCAGGCCGUGCUCGGCGAAGGCGUUUGCGUUGCCGAGUGGGGCAAGGCCCAUGAGUGGAGCUUGCCCGGGCACGUGCUCCGCGUCGAGGGCAUGCGGCGCAUGCUACCAAAGUUGCCGCGGCAUCGUCGAACAGACGGCCAAGCCAUGACGAUCCCAGGCUUCCUGUACUGGCUUCCUGGGGCAGAAUGUGUCCACGCUAUAGCCAACAACUGGCCCACGAUCAUUAUCCCUAUGAUCAUGCUGAAGCCAGACGCCGAGGCCGUCGACGACGAACAACUGGGGCGGCUCCAAGUCAUUCCGUGUGGCCGCCCGUUCCCCGUGCGCGGCGAAGCGGAUGACGUUUGGGCGAGUGGUUCCACUGCGUCAUCUCCAAGAUACAUAUCAAGUCGCCCCAACUCUCCAGCGUUCGCCACAGGGGCCCUAAGCUCGUCCCGAACAUCUGGGCCAGCGGGCGGAGGACUCAAGUUGCCACCGUUGAGCGACGCACUAUACAGCCUCUUCGGCACGCCGCCUCCGCUCCCCGCGUCCCCGCUGCCGCUGUCCAACCCCCCCACCCCGUCAGCAGCCGCCGGUCCUUCGACCGCACCGGUCGUCGCCACCCCAGAGGCCGACCGACCCAACAAACGGCCACGCACCAGGUCAUCGGGUCGACCGUCAGCCGCGCAAGAGCAGCGCGACAACUUUGAGAGACUCACGGCCCAGGUCCGUGGCCUCGAGGAGCGGCUGGUCGCAUCCAAGGCCAAUACGGACGCUGCUCUUUCCUCGCUCAAGGAAAAGAUCGAGCAGCUGAUGCUCCAGCAGCAGCAAUGGUUCAACUAUUUCAACAAUGUGAUGCAGGCAGCGCUGAGCAAUGGGGCCGACAACAAGUGA